UAGCAUAAAGACCGGAAACAGGGUUCCCCCUGGGCUAGCUAGCUGGAGUCUCCUCUGGUUCCUGCCAAGAAAUAGUCUGGCACAUAGCCCUACAGUAAAACUGCAACUGUCCACUUUGUUUUUUGUAUGGAUUAAACAAACAAGAUAUAACAUAUAGAUGUAUAUAGAUAUAUAGAGAGAUUAGAGGUGCUGGUAGGCGGAUUUUUGCUAAACUAAGAUCAAUCUUCUCAUUAAAUAAAGCAUAUUUCCCAAAUAUGUUUAUUCCUUUCACAUUUAUAACUCUAUUAUUAGAAAGUGUAAAACCGACGAGUAUUUAUUAAUGAAUUACCAACAUUUAUAACUGCAUUAUUACCAAAUCUAAAGCAUAAACACCAGCCAUGGGGAUUUCUUACAGCCUGCAACCCAUAAGUGGCUCAUAUCGAUGGCUUAUAACUGCUCUAUAAAGCAUUAGUAAAUUAUGUAUUAACCUAUAAUAAAGUCAUUAGUUACAACUUAUAAACACUUUGUAAUGGGUGUCUUAUAAAAAAGUGGUACCAAAGGUCUUUGUUUUAUCUAAAUGAAUUAUUUCAGGCUCAUUUUUCAUUUUAUUUACUUAAGAUGAAAACUGCCUCCUUGCUGCUGGCUACAUCUGGUGGAGGCCAUUUCCAACAUGCCGACCAAGGAAAGAAUGUUGGAGGCUUUAAAUAUCCUGUUCAAGUUAAUAUUUUAUCAACAUCUCAGUCCCUGGGUCUCUCCCCUUUUACAUCCCACUUCCAACUCUGAGAUUGUGCACAGAGCAGGAACAGGAAAUCUUUAAUGCCUCCACUGCACUGCAUUUUGUUUAGACCUGCCAGCUGCUUUUUAACUUACCUUCACCUUCUCUUAGCACAUAUAUUGGUUGCUUGCACUGCAAAUAAUUUGGCUUCUUACUGCUUAUUAUUUCAGUAAUGCAUGUUCCCUUAUAGAAAACAUUGGUGCUGUUAUCAUGGCAGAUAUGAAACACUGCUGUAUCAGAGCAAUUAGAACAGAGAGGAAUAAUUUGGAGAAAAUUAAAUUUUGAUGAAACGAGGACAUCCAAAUGUGCUUAAUAAGCAGUCCAAUUUAGAGUGACAAACAGAAAAUCAGCUCAGUAGCAGAAGGAAGUCAACGUCUGUGUGUGUGUGUGUACGGGGGGGGGGUUUGUUAUGGCGAAUGUGUCCCACUGCGCUCACGCAGCUUAUUCAUUAUGUAUGCAAUGAUCUCUUGAUGAAGAGACUGCCUCUUGCCUCAAACAAAGUGUCGUCAUCACUGUGCAGAUGACGCCGCUUGUGUUCCUUUGCCCAAAUACACAACAAAGAUAGAAGACUAGUUGUUGUGCGUUUAUAGUGCAUCAGUUGCCUUAGAAAGGCACGUGCAUUAAAGAAUAACUCUGGCAGCCUGGAAAGAAACACAGGUUGAUCAUACACGUGUUAAACAAACCAGCAGGUUAGCUAAACUCAUUUGGAAGAGAAAACAAAGGUGAACGGUAAAACUAUCCGUUGUAAACAUCCAGCCAUUUACAUUCCAUUCCUUUCACAAGUUGUUAUGGUGAAAGUGGUUGCAAACAGUUGCCUUGUACACAUCCAGCAGACACGGACUAACAUUAGCAUUCAGUGGAAGUAAUUUUUCUGGCCACGCAACAAACUUAAGUCCAAUGUUCACUCUCCUUUUAGCUCUAUUUUUGGUCUCUUCCAACUCCUGAGGGAAAUAUCUGGCUCUUUAGCUGCUAAAUGCUCCACUGUGUUCACCAGCUAGUCGCUAACCUUGUCUGCCUGCCGUUUGGUGCUGGGCAGGUAGUGUACAGUGAGUUUUUAGAAGGUUUCCACUGAAAACAGCAGCCUGUUGGAACUGUAAAUGAGGUUGGUGAGAGUGAACCAAAACAGUAAAGUUGCGGGCUGUAAAACCAAAACAAUGAAGGGAUUCUUAUUCUUUAAAAGAUUGUAACUACAAGUGACUCCUUUCACACUACACACAGUCAUUUGACCAAUUGUUAAUAUAAAAAUAUUGAUUAGUGCAGCUUUAAUUGUUAUGCAGUUAAGCACUUUCUGUACUGCCUGACCUUAAAAUAAAAUAAUAAAAAGUAAAUGUCUGUAUUAUCAUGUAAGAAACUGGAGCUGGUUUCCUGCUGACAUAAUGGGGUUCCUGGGUGGGGCGUUCAUGUUAGGUGCAAGCAACAGGGAGGAGAGAUAGUGAAGGAGGUUUACCAGCUUGCCUUCAUUUAUUAUUCAUGUUUGAUCAAAGAGAGUGAUGCAGUAGAAACCUCUUAGAGGUGAACAAAGCCUUAAUACAAUGGAAGAAAUUGUGUUAUAUCAUGUAUGUUAUAAUGACUUCUACAAACGUUUCACACAGGGGUGUAAAGUAUUAUUUCAAACACAGCAUAAAAGAUACACAUUGUUCAGUAACACAGGCAGCUGUAAACACAGUGAGAUCAAUAAACUACCUUUAACCCAUUUUUUUUAUUAUACCCAUAUUGUGUGAAACCAGAAGCCAUCACUUGUGCAAUCAUAAAGAUUUAUAGCUGCUCCCAAAGCAGCAACCCAUGCAGCCACACACCAUGGCAACAAUGGCUGACAAUGUUGCACUGGAUAAGAAGAUAGCCAGCGUUCAGAGUUCAAUACUUGUCCGUCUGUGCCCAGUAACAUGGCAGCAUCCAGGGCUUUUCAGCACCUUUGAGACACACAUGCCGCAGUAUCUAAUUCCUGCACAUACCAAUACAUUGAGGCUACACAAGGCAACCAGAGACCUCACGAGGAUUCAACACAAGGGUUUGGUGCAGAAAUAUUUUAUAAGCCAAGAAGAAAUGUUCCAGGAAGAGUAUAUUAGCACCAAGGAAUUGCAUGAUGGGUAUUGUGUGAGUUUUAGAGCUGCACUCUGGUGACAAGACAUAUACUAUCCUCAAAUUACAAGGGGCUGCAUUAUGUGGGAUUUUUAUUAGGGAUAAAACAAUUUAUUAGUUAACUAUGUUUGUUGUUUAAUGAAUAUUGGCCUGUCAGUAUCAGCCAUAAAUAUGACCAGUUACUUCUGGACUGUGGUAACAAUAGUCCUGCAUUGAAAUUGUUGCACAUUUAAUUUGAAUCAUUUGGUUGCCCUGUAAUGUUUUUGUUUGUUAAAUCUUCAUAGGAGGUGAUGUGUCUUAGGGCACCAACUACCUUUGAAAAUAAUUCAGCUGUGCAUAAGAGUGCGAUAGGCUACUAGAGUAAAAACAAGACCAAGAGGCGUCUCUGUGAGGCUGUACUUAGGCACCGCAGUGCUUUGAGCUAAAUGCUACCAUCAAAAUGCUAACAACCUCAAAAUGAUAAUGCUAACAUGUUGAUGUUUAGCAGGUAUAAUGUUAACUAUGUUCAACAUCUUAGUUCAGUGUGUGAGUAUGCUAAUAUUUGCGAGGAUCACCAAAGUUAUUACAUUUCAUCCUGAGGGGGACACAAAUGUGUGUCCCAAAUUUUGUGCCAGUCCAACAAGUAGAUGUUGAGAUAUUUCACUGGAUAAGAGAAAUGUAUGGUAUGUAAUAUUUGUUGAGAUUCAAUCUGGAGCAAAGUUUUGAAAUUAGAAAUUUAUUUUGGUCUGCAAUCAGAGCGGUGGACAUCCCUAGAGCCACACCGCUAAUGUGGCUAAAAGUCAUACCACCAAAUCAGAUAAAAGUCACGAUGAUGUAAAAUAACGUGAAGCUGUGUCUUUGUGACAGCUCAACCCAAACACAUGCACUUCUCAUUGUUGUUGCUUUUCCAUUUAAUCUAUCAACCCCCAUUGACUUUUAACAAAGAAUAAAUAGACAAGAGAGAGGGCAGAGAGGUGAACACAGAAAAACUGGCGUGUGACCAGUGAAUCCUACGCACGAGUGUGAAAUAUGAUAGAGAGCCAAGCAAGAGCACCUGGCAGGCAGACAGACAGGUUCAGGACUUUACUAGCAAUGAGAAAAAUGACCCCCACGCUGCGCAAACAGAACUUCACUUAAGUUUCUGGCUUCUGUCCUUAUGUGAAGGUCUUGUAAAUUUUGCUGCUGUUGAUGCAUUAUUACAGUAUUGACAAAGACUAUUUAUAACAAAAAGGGGGUCAUGUGUUUCUUGUACAAAAGCUGAAAUAAAACGAGACCAGGGAGCACCGAGAGGAUUUGUCUAUUCGCGUGUUACCCAGACUGACUGAAUCGAUUGAAAACGAGUUGUUGUUCAAAACAUCUGUCUUGUUUAUGGAGUAUUUAACUGUAACUAGUCUGCCUUCUGUCAAUACCUCGUAGAGAUUUACAACUGCUCCUUAAGACUCUGCCAUUGCAUGUUUGGAUACUUAAUCUAAGAGGAUGCGCGAGUGAGUUUAGACAAGCUUCUUUCACCGCUGGAUAACAAGGCCAUAUGGGAACAUGAGGAGGAGACUCAGUGUAACUCAGGAGGCUUUGGAUGAGCUCGGAGCGCCUACAGCCAUGGAACCUCCCUGUCCAAUCGUGAGCAAAGUUGAUGUCAAAAUAGUGGGUGGUGUUUGGCAUUCAUCCUCCCUGCAUGGUUGCUGGAUGGAAAAUUAUUCUUCUCACUACAUGUCAUAGUGCUUUGAAGGAAUUUACAGUGUGUUAUGAAUCUAUGAAUCAUGUAUCAGUUGAUGCUAAAGGAUUUGUGCUCUAACAGCAGGAGAAGUGCAGAAAAAAAGAAUGGAUGUUUGCAAAAGAAAGUGUAAUUUAAUCAGUGAGUUUAAACCACUGAAGAUUGCAGUGAUAAAUGUUGUGGCUGCACUCAGAUUGGUUUGCCCUCACCUCCUCCCCUACCGUGUCGGGUCCAAGGAGUCAUCCAAGAUUAGCACUUGUCUUUUGAUUAGUGAAGCUGGAAACAAUCCAGGCAUUUCAAUUAAGUCUGUAGUAUUUAGUCCACACUGUUCAUCUAUGAGGGUGAUUCUCCGGGCUGAUCUCCUGUGUUGCAUAAUCUCCUUAGUGGAGUAACAGUCCUCAGAUUAGGCAUGGGCGUCUUUAUCAACUGCAAAUCCUCAGUCCAAACAAUGAAGGGAAGAGUGCACUCAUAGAGGACAGAAAAACUAUUUUUUAUAACUAGUAUUUCACUCAAAAAUGUACUGACAGACCAGCUCCCCCUCCACUCAAAAAUGUGUUGCUCUUGUUGUUACUUCUAUGUUUGACCUUCACUAUGCAGAGUUUGACACUAGAAGGUUGUUUCUACAUUAUUCUGCUGAAGAGUGAAAGUUUCUCUGUGCUCACCUUAAAUCUCAGUAUAAGAUGUGUACAUAUGAGCUGAUGAUUUUGUAACAUUACAACUAGCCUGGAAGUCAGUCGUGGUCCAAUAUGCAACUUACACAACACGUGAUGUGGAAACUUGAAGCUUUCAGGUCACAAACACUGGACUUUUCAGUGAAGCAGGAGACAUCUUGUGACCAGCAGUUAAACUUUUGAAAUUAAAAAUAUUUGCGUAUUCAUAGAUUCUGGAUUUUUUUUUGGAGGGAGAAGAAAUAGAUAGGCUUUUAAGAAUUAUUUUCUACAAAGGUCCGCACUGAACAGCUGCUCCUUCUGCCUGUAACCUUCUGCAGUUAGAUCUAAAAUAGCAAGAUUUGGUCUUUCUUUGUGAAUUCAAAUCACUGAGGCAGAAACUGGGUGCUCUCUCUUCUGGCUGCUGGUGUAUUGUAGAAUCUUGAUUUGUCUGAUUAAGUCAUUGUUUUGGAUUGGUCUGAGUUAUUGUUCUGGUUUUAGACAGCUCUUUUGUUGUUUUAAGUUGUUUAGGAUGAACUCUCUGACAUGAUUGUAUUAGAAAUGUUAUUUAUGAUUUUAUUAUUGCAUUUCUGUUUAAUUCUGAUUUCGAGGCAUGUUAUUUGUCAUUGUUGUUACUGCCUAUCCUGACCAGGACACUCUUGAAAAAGCUUCUUAAACCCUCAAACCACCAGGGCGCCCCUGCAGUACUUAUUGUUUUCUAUUGUAUGCUAUUUUCAAGACCAUAGAGAUCAAGUGAACCCACAAGGGAUCCCAGACUUGUGAUUGAGAAACUCUGAUCACUGCCCCUGCAAGUGUUUGUGGCUCAGCUCAACUGUGAGCCACUAACACUGUAUUGGAUGAACAUGCCACUUAACAUUACCUAACACUGUGUUUUGAGCUGAAUGGUGGUUUUAUAUACUGUAGAUGUUAUGCCCUUGUAUGCUCCUGACCCAAUCUUGUAUGGUAUUUGCAAUGGGGAGAACCUCUGCUGCAAUAUAUAGGAUUACUAGAUUGGAAUAACCAGCUGCCUUUACAACAGAUAUAAAAUUACCAGGCUGGAAUAUCUAAUCCGUGCUACCUGACAUGCACUUUGAAAUCCUGUCACCCUUAAUGGAUGAGCAUAUGGGCUUUUGAGAUAGAAUUACUUAGAUCAUGUGCACAAGAUGAGUAGCCCACAGAUUUUGUUACUUUGUCAUUUCCAAAGACAGAGUGUCGGGCAGGCACAUCCACAUAACUUCUACAGGUGCUGGGUCAAAAAACAAACUGCAGGCAAAAGUCAGACAGAAGAUCUGCUCACUGUACUGUCAGCUCCCAGAUAAUUUAAUGGAACAGAGCAAUGUUUUGAUAUCUUCGUCAGGCAUUACAUACAAGAACAUAUUAAAUUAUAUUAUCAUUAUUAUUAUUAUUAUUUUUUAAAUUCAGUCAAACGUAAAGCAUGAAUCACAUAAAUCAUCCAGAGGAAACAAUUAUCAUAGAAACUACUAUAUAGGAAGAUACAUAAACAAAGUAGAAAAUAAUAAUAAAUGAUUUGCCCAAAAGGUUUAAAACAACAAAAGCGAGUAUAAAAUGGCAAUGGGUAAAAAUUUGUACUGAUACCUACAACACAGAUACCAACAAAUUAAAGAGAAUAAAAUACAUCAACAGAUGUAUAAACUCCUGAGACGAUAAAAACAUAUUCAUAUUAAAAUCUGUAAAAGAAGAAUAGGAUCUGUUUAUCAUAUGUAUACAAAACAUUUGUUCCAGCUAUAAUCACUUACAAAAAAGGUUUGAGAUCAAAAUCUAAAUUUAAGCCUUGGUUUGAUCAGCACUGCCUGGUUUGACAGUUUGAUCUGAGCCUGGUGCCUGGUGCCUGUAUCAAUCUAUCAGAGUGGUGAAACAAAAAAGCGAAAAAACGUUCUAGGCUACCGUAGAAUCAUGGCCGUGGAAGGGGACUCGGUCGCUCUGUAGAUAAAAACGGUUUAUUCUAAGUUAAUGAAAACACAACAAUUCUUAUUUUCAGGUGAUUAUACACUAAUGAAAACAUACUUAACUAAACUUAUUAUAUUCCAUUUCUGCCAAUAGCUCCUCCUAAAUGUUACACAAUGGACCUUUAAGUAGCAUUUUGAGGACUUGUACCUGUAAUGAGGUAUUUUCACAGUGUGGUUAUGCUACUUUUACUGAACAGUCUGGAUACUUCACUUCAGUGUUGAAGUUCUAACUUAUUUUUCCUGAACAAAUGUCGCUAUUCCUAUCAGGGGUCAAAGUCGAGCUCUAUAAAGGUGCGAAGGAGGUGUUUAUACUAUGCAGCGUCAGUAUAGUUCACACACAAGCAUGCUGAUGGAGAAAUUGCUUUGUCAACACAGUCUGUUAAUGGGUAAGGUGACAGUGUCAUCGGGGGAAGGGCUGGACGCAGGGAGGGAGGGAGGAGGGAUGGAUGAUGGAUCGAGGGCUGCAUAGAACGACAGAGGGAGGGACGUUAUCCCUCUGGUACACUCUCAGGAGUCCUGGGACGAGUGACUCUGCAGUAGCUGCAGUCUAUCUCACCCAUUUACCUCCCCUUUCCCAUUUUUACUGACACAAAUCGUUUUGCAGGGGAAUGAAUCGAUUAUUUACCCUCUCAGUCUGACUCGCACAGUGAUCUGUGAUCGCCCCCCUCACUAUCCAUCUUCCUGUCUCUCUUUGCCUGCAUCAAAUUCUAUUAUGAGGUGUUUAAGUGACAGGUCAUGCCUCAGCUGACUGCGUUCUCAAUGACAUGUUCAGGACAUUGCAGAAUCACACAAGAAAAAGAUCCCUAUAUAUCAAGCAUGUUGAGUCAGCUGAGUGAUGUUUGUGUGUGCACAUGCACAUCCCUGCGUCCAUGUACUCUAUACUCUAUGUGCAUGGGCAAAACCUGAAAGUAUGUCUCAGGUACAAACAUGUGAAGUUUAUUUACUGAUGCAUGAUGUUCCCAUAAGGACACAUUAUGAGAUUCCUGGAGGUGAUGGUGUGUGAUGUUGUAAAGCAAAGCGUAGACUGUGAAGUCUUCAAACAGUUUUCUGUGACCUUGAAGCCAUCACACCGCAAUGUUACAGGGGACCAGCAGAGAGCCAACUCCUGGCUGCAGCAGGACGAGAGUGAGAUGAGGGAAUGUUUUCUGACUUCAGGCAUUUGGUUCUCUAUCAGGUAACACAAUAUUCAACCUAUGUUGCCAAAUUGGCACGCCCUUUUGAGAAAGUACAAGAUUAACUUUGAUUAAAGUUUUUGUUCCUCGAGAGAAUUCAGAAGAACUGAAAAAGGUAGUGCAGUCUUUCUGUAAUGUGAAUUUAACCUUUUAAUUAGGCUUGUCACAUUUUUUCAAAGCCACAGAGCUACUUUAUUAAUCUGACAAACCUUCAAUAGCUGGCAGGCACAAAGAUUCUGGAGUUGGCAGGGACAACAGAAAUUAAAAAACACAGCUGCAGGAUUUUCUUGGAAAAAGACUGUUUUUCCUCUCUCAACACUAUGAACCCGCUUACAAAUCUAUACUUAACACCUCUAGGGGAAAUGUGUGCCCAGAAUACAUUGCCUCAGUGAAAAAUGUAAGUAUUUAUCAAUAAAAUAGAUUCUAGUGUACUGCCUAAUUCUUGUUUUUCCAAAGAGGAACUGGCAUAUGUUUUAUGGCUCUGUUUGCACAGACAUACAGGGCUGAUAUAAAAGAGUUGGAUGGAGAUUUCGGGAAAGGUUUGGAAAACAUUUGUGACAGUUUUAAAAUUUCACAGAAUAUUGAUUUCAGAUGAAAUAACACUUUACGUCACCAUGCUUUACUAAGGAUGUAAACAAUAGAAAGCUGAAGCCCCUGGGCAGAUAUGCGCUGCUGCAGGUAUUGACAGCUAUGACAACAGGGGAAGAAUACGGUAUAAUCCCCAAGGUGAGGGUGGAUUGGAUGAUCCUGCAUGUGGAUGCUUACUCUGCAGGAAAGAAGGGAAAGAGUGGGUCCCACUCUCCCUUCACCGCGUCAAACAGCAAUUGGCUCCUGCAGUGUAAAUCUCCUAUCAGAGUGCUACCUAUAACAUACUCACUUACCCCACUGUUGGAGGGGGGAGCAAGGAGAAGAAAGCCAGGUGAUCCCCACAUUCAAAAUACAGUGAGUUGCCUUCUUGUGUUUGUGUUUGCCUGUGUUUGUGUGUGCGCACAUGUAAGUUUGUGAGUGUGUGUGUGUGUGUGUGGGUACCUCUGGCAUCUCUGGUUUCGUAUAGGGUAUUAAAUUACCCAAUGGGAGCUUUAAUAGAGCUAGAGACACUCUUGAUUGUGAGUGUGGAUGAGAGAGAGAUUGAAGGAAAGAAGGGGGAGCACAGCGGAGCUGCCGGGCAGAGUAGAGAGGACACAAGAACUUCUGCAGAGCCAGCGACACGGGUGAGUGGUGCCGACAUCUGCACACAGCUGGAUUGAAACUUUGCACUUAAUUAAAGAUAUACUGUGCAGAUAUACUGCAUGUAUUUGUGGGUGCUUAUUCCGAUCUGAUGAGGGUAGUGAUGUCAGUGGAUCUGUUGUGUCUUUCAAUGUUAGCUCAGUGUGAGAUAAGGCUAAGUUAGUUCAGUGGUAAGAUUUUGGUUUCAAUUUAGCUUUCAAGUUGCUUCUAGAAACAAUUAAGUGUCUAAGAUGCAAUAAUGUAGAUCUAACAGCACUUUUCUGUUCUCUCUAUCUUCAACUGUGCUUUCUCUUGGACUCAGUAACCCCUCUUUGCUGACAAGGCAUAAUCGAUAUGUUUAUUUUUUGCAUAAGCCCUAUCAUGAUGUCCUUACAUAAGAAGAUUCAAUCCUGUAUCCUGGACUGUUACGUUAUCUGCUACAAUGCAAUUGGAAAUAGAACCAGAUGAGUCUCUCUGAGUGCGCAGGGCCCCCGGUGUCAAGUGGACACAGAGGUUGUAGCUUAUAAGCAUGUGUCAGGAUUUGGUUACCUGUCCGAACCAGACAAAUGGAAUGAUAAACAGCUACUUGGAGAUAAAGUAAACGUGAUGCUGAUAGACUACCCUGAACAGUGUUUGGAUGGAUUAACCAAGACGGUAAUUAGAAACUGACGUUCAAACAUUUAGAUAUUGAGAGGAAAAAUUGUUUCGGUUUUGAUGAGUCUCUGCUUUCAGUUAUAAGUGAAGUCUCAGAUGUUUUUCCACAAGGAAAUUAAACAUGUUCAGUUUUGUAGCACAAUGAUCAGCAAUAAUACUAUCCAUACCCCAUGUAAGCACUUCCACAGCCGAACUUGCAGAGUUUGUGUUUUCGUUUAGGUCAUGGGAGAGAAUUGGGGAAAAAAUAACUGUACAAGCACAGUAUCAGAUGGCAGGUUCUCUGCUGAUGCAAACAGGAGUUGACAUAAAAAUCUCUUUGCCAACAAAACUGUAUUGCACUAUAACAAAAUAUAACACAACUUUGUUCCCCCCCUUUUACAGAUUACACACAGCACUGAAUCCAAAAGUAGUGAACAGCUGCCUGAAUGAUAAUCAGGAAGAGGGAGGCCCUGCCAGGAUCUUCAGUGUGGCACUGGUUGUGGUGUCCCCUCUGUCUUCUGCACUUGAACCAGGCUGAUAGACGGAGCUGUGGCUAGCGGCAAGACAGGGGAUGGAGGUGCCGCUGGUUAAUUUUGAGAACAUGGAUGAUGUCGGCAUCAACCUGGGAGACCCGAGUGACUCCGGGUACCCGACUUCACCCACCUCAGAGGCCCCCGAUCAGAAUCUUUUAACGCGCCGUUUGACUUCUCCUCACCAGUCGCCACACAGAGGACGACGUGGACAUCAGUUUGGUCAAGAAGGGUUGUCACCGUCCACUCCUCCGACUCUGACCACUAAAGCAAACUCCAGUAGUGGCAGUUUGAUCUCUAAUCUGAAGCUCCUGAUCAACAGUGAGUCUCCAACUGACAGCGUCUUCAGUAAGAUGGCGAAGGAUAGCUAUGAGAAUGAAGAUUUGUUUGAAAAGCACUGCAUGGAAGAAAAAGACGAGAAAGUUGUCAUCAAUAUUUCGGGCCUGAUGUUCGAGACCCAGCUCAGCACUCUGAAUAAGUUUCCAGAGACGCUGCUCGGCGACCCCAUAAAGAGGAUAAGCUACUUCGACCCGAUGAAAAACGAGUACUUUUUUGACAGAAACCGCCCGUCUUUUGAUGGUAUUCUGUACUACUAUCAGUCAGGGGGAAGAAUCCGCAGACCGGCCAAUGUUCCCUUAGAUGUUUUUGCUAAUGAAAUUGUUUUCUACGAGUUGGGUCAUGAAGCGAUGGAGCAGUUCCGCGAAGACGAAGGGUUUAUCAAAGAGCCAGAGGUCCUUUUGCCCACCAACGAACUCAAACGACAAUUCUGGCUCCUGUUUGAAUACCCAGAAAGCUCCAGUGCAGCCAAAUCUGUAGCUCUGGUUUCUGUGUUUGUCAUUGUCAUUUCCAUCUUCAUCUUCUGCCUAGAGACUCUGCCAGAGUUCAGGGAUGACAAUGACUUUCUCCCGGGUUUAACCCAAAUCAUCAACGGGACCCAAGACAGUUCUCCUCAUCCCGCCACUAAAGACCUAAUGGCAUAUGUCACAGACCCCUUUUUCAUUGUGGAGACUAUUUGCAUCAUUUGGUUCUGCUUUGAAGUCGGUGUCCGUUUUGUGGUGUGCCCGAGCAAAAGUGAUUUCUUCAAUAACAUCAUGAAUGUCAUUGACAUAGUUUCUAUUAUUCCCUACUUCGUAACCUUGGGAACAGAGUUGGCUACCACCCCUGAUGAUGAUAUGAACUCUGGUCAGAACAUGUCCCUGGCAAUCCUAAGAAUCAUCCGCCUAGUGAGAGUUUUCAGAAUUUUUAAGCUCUCCCGACACUCGAAAGGGCUUCAGAUCUUGGGGCAGACCUUGAAAGCCAGUAUGAGGGAACUUGGGCUGCUCAUCUUCUUCCUUUUUAUAGGAGUCAUCCUAUUCUCAAGUGCCAUCUACUUUGCAGAAGUGGAUGAGCCCCAGACGCAGUUUGUUAGCAUCCCUGACGGCUUCUGGUGGGCUGUGGUGACAAUGACCACUGUGGGAUACGGAGACAUGUGCCCCAUCACAAUGGGAGGCAAAAUGGUUGGCACCCUCUGUGCCAUUGCUGGUGUCCUGACCAUUGCCUUGCCCGUCCCUGUCAUCGUCUCCAACUUUAACUAUUUUUACCACCGCGAAACUGAGCAGGAGGAGAAACAGAUUAUGGAUGCAGCUGCAGAGGCUGCCCAGAAAAUGUCAGCUGCAAACAAGUAUGGAAGUACACCUUCACUAAACAAAAGUAACGGCACCUGGCAGAAUGAGAAAAAUGGCAUGCACUGAUAGAGAAACUAAAGAAUUUAUUUAUAUCAAAGGCAUGAAAAACACACGGAUAAAUCAAACAUAUCCAGUCGUGAGAUGCACUGGAUGAUAUCAGUUUAUCUUUCUCACUAUUUUGUACUCCAAACAUGGCAGCAUUUGUGCAUAUUGUUACAGUAUUAAUAGGCACUGUGCGGUGAGACAGCCUUUACACAAGUUGUCUGUCUGCUUGUGGAUGUGUCAAAGUGCAAUUAACACAACUCAGCAAUUUUUUUGUCAGUUAACUUUGAUGAGAAGAACUGAAAAGGUAUAAUUAUUAUCUUUCAUCCAGUGCAAUUUGAAGAAAGAUGUGAUGGCUCAUUUGUACUAUAGACAUUUCACCUUGAAAGUGAAAUGCAAAGAAAGCUGUAAAUAUGAACAAAAUGUCCUUGAGGUUUGUAUAACAGUAAUAUCCCACAAGAGAAAUAAAAAACGGUUUAAUCGUAGCCUUUAAACUGGUAUACUCGGAGCUCAUAUUACAUGACAGUUCCAUGUUAGUCUACACUUCAUCAUAUUCAGCAAUAUCCAGAUAGAACUUGGCAGGAUUUUCAAGGGCAGGCAAAUGUCUCCAGUGUAAGGCAAGAGGACAUCAGCGCACACAUUGUCUUAUCAGCAAAUCUAUAGUUGUGAAUGCCCAGCCAACAGCACUUCUCCACAUGUCACAGUAUAACAAUGUCUGUGUGAAAAAUUUGUUGGCACGUUAGUAUGUCUGCUAUUAAUAUUGUAGAUAGGCUGCAAAAUAUAAAUCAAACCAUGACUCUGCUUAACAUUCACUGUAUUAUAGUACAUGCAGUAGUUGCAUGCAGCAGUUUCAACUUUUGAAAUCAAAAAAGUGUUCAUCUACAUGGUUUCAUUUUUAUUAUUUGGCAUUUUGCAUCAGAUUAUGCAGAUGUAGCUGUAUAUGCAGUCACCUUCUAACAUGUUAUUAUAAUGUGAAUUUACCCUUUAAAAACCAUAUCAAUUCAUUGCACUAAAAGUUUUUUUCCCACAUAUCUCUUAAGCACUUUUGGAGCUUUACACCAUCAGUUGUUGGCAGGGAAAUUAUAUCUAUAACAGUGUAUAGAAAUGUGAGAUGAGAUUUGUAAUCCGACUGAGAGAAUCAAGGAGAGGGCAAAGACAAAAAACAACUUGUAUUUGAACAUUUCUCCUUUUACCUUUGUUUUCUCAUUUGUAUUGCAUGGCAUAGUGUGCCCAAAUGAGGUUGAACUCUUAUUAUCAGUAAGUGAAAGCUUGACAUAGUUAUUGUAGCUAAAUAUAUUAUAGUAUUUUAAUUAUAUAGUGAUGAUCAUUAUAUUCCAUGUGAUAGGGAAAGCCAAUACUUCAGCUGGAUUUGUGAGAUGAUGACAACAAAUGAUGACAUUUGUGUCUCAUCAGGAAAACAUGAAUUAGUACUAUAUAUGCAUGCCACGUUCCAAUCUUGAAAAUGUACUGUAUGUGAGUUUAUUAUACAUAUAAAUGCAGCUUGUAUAGAAAUGGCAAUGGAUGUAGUUGUAACACAAUCAAUGCCUUUCUAGUAAUCCUACAAUAUGCAAUAAUGACGUGUGGGUGGGAAACAAUGUCAUAUGUUGCAUUUCACCCAUGGAAAGAGCAAUACCUGUAAUUAAUUAAAAUGAAAUGCAAUAAGGUGACAUCAGUUAGUCACGUUGGUACUAGCACUUUACUAUGUUAUGAAGCACUUAAUAUUUGAGAACUGUUACUGUAUGUGUCAACAUUGUACAGUAUACAAUGUCAUAAUUUGCUAUGUUUUAAUUAUCUUGUAAAGAGUGCCUUUCAUUAAACAUGUAUCUUAAUUGUG